AUGGUAGAAGCAACCGAGUCCCUGGAGCAGCCUCACCGCGAUGGGAAAAAGCGAUUGUCGAUCAAAGAACGCCGUGACAUAAAGAAAGGUAAAGUGCCAGUGACGAAAGGCUCUAUUGAUGACCAGUCUAUUGAAGAGGGAAACCGAACAGAGGGCAAACAUGUUGAUGUGAAGAAAGACAAGGAAGUUACUCAAAUGCUGCAGCAGAAGAAGAAUGUUCGUGGGAAAAUGGGCAAAAUGAAGAAGAUGAAGAAGAAAUACAUUGAUCAAGACGAUGAGGAUCGCCGGUUGCGAAUGGAGGCCCUGGGUCAUGUCGUUGAGGUGGGACAAGCAGACAGAGAGAAUGAGUUGACAGCGCAAUCAAAGGAUGAAAAUGAUGAAAGAAGGACCGUUGCUAUUGAUGUCAAGGCAGACGUAAGUGAAGAAUACAUCCGUCAACAGCGCGAGAAGAAGGAAAAAUAUCUUGAAGAACAAGAAGAUGAGGCUCAAGGUGUUGAUUUUUUCGAUGCUUUUGUUGGUGAGCCAUUGCCAAAUGACAUUGUGCAGUUUGCAAUGCCCAUGUGCGCUCCAUAUGCGUCACUGACAAAGUACAAAUACAAGGUCAAGCUGACGCCAGGCAGUCAAAAGAAGGGGAAAGCGGCUAAACAGGCAAUGGAAUAUUUCUUUGCAUCGAAUUUGAAAGACGAGAAGGACGUGAUUAAGAUGAAAAGACAUGGAGAUGAGGAUGAGGAUAAAAUCCAGCCGGAUGUGAAUCCAAUUACAGUGCAGCGGGAACUUCUGCGAUGCAUUGAAGAGAACGAAGUGGUGAGUUGUAUGGUUGGACCUGUGAAGAUCUCGGGGCAAGCAUUGCAUGCUUUUGAUGCUGGUGGCAAGAAGGGAAAACGCUCGUGUAACAAGCCUAAGAGAAAGAAGAAGUAG